AUGUCCGUUCUCGACUCCAAAAAAGCACAUUAUCUCGUCGUCCCCAUCUCAGGAUGGGGUCAUCUCCGUCCUAUGCUACAAUUCUCCCUCAACCUCCUUACUGUCCGACAAGACCUCACUGUCACCCUUCUUAUGGACCGUGCUACAGCCCCACGUUUGGCUCAUGCACUAGCUUGUAAUUUGUCGGGCGAGGACGUACUAUGUCGACUCAAGACGAAGCAAAUCGAAGAACCAGCUCCUACAGAGUCGGAAAAGGCGGAUCAUCUGAGACCACCCAAGGGAGGGUCGACGAAAGAGAUCAUUGAAGUAUUUCAAGAGAGUGAUCCUCCCACUCUCGUCAUAUACAACUGGCUAGGUGUCCACUUUCUCGACUCGUUCAAACCCGUCAUCAAUCAAUUGCAGCUCUCCUCGCUACCCGUCUAUGUAUUCUGUCCUCUCAUUUCUGGCUCACUUUAUCAUUUCAUGGCGAAAAAAGAACACGAUGGCAUGAUAGCUACGUUUUUUGAAGAAACGGAGAAACUUAUGGAUCAAGGAGUGGAGAAGUAUGAGGCGUAUGAUAAGACUUGGUAUAAAUUUGAAGAUAAGAUCAUUCAUAUUCCUGGUUAUCCUCCGAUGAAAGAUUGGGAAUGUUUCCCGCAAAACGAAGGAAUACCUUUUCCCGCCCGAUGGAGCGAAUUUAUCAAACAAUCCUACGAUGCAUUGUCUGAUCCAUUACUGAAGGGUGUUUUGAUUCCUUCUGCUCCUGAGCUUGAAGGAGAGCCUCAAGAGGCGUUGGGAAAAGAUCUAGGGAAAAGGAUUAUCGGUAUCGGACCUCAAUUCUCCGCUGAUGUAUGGGACGGUAUACCACCUUCAAUGACCCGUUCCACACCUGACGAAGUGGAAGCGUUAGAUUUUCUAGACGAACAACUGAAACUUAAAGGACCUCGUUCAGUCGUAUACAUAAGCUUUGGAUCUGUUUUCUUCCCCAUUCAUCGACCUGAAAUCAUGCCCAUGCUAUUAAAAUCUCUUCCAUCCAAUAUGACUUUCUUACUUGCCAACGCUGGUGAUAUGUCGAAUCUGACUCCUGAAACAGCUGCGGAAUGGGUUGAAGGAGGGAGAGGCAAAGUUGUAAAGUUUGCACCUCAAUGGAAAGUGUUGAAUCAUCCGGCUAUAGCUUGGUUCAUAAGUCAUAUGGGGAUCAAUUCUUCUCAAGAGAGUAUAAUGGCGGGGAUACCAGUGGUUGCUUUUCCUCAAGCUGCUGAUCAGAAUGAAUCGGCUAUGUUGUUGGGCAAGCUUGGAACUUGCAUUGAAUUACAACAACUCCGUACCGCCAACGGUCUCACAAGAGCAAAUGGCACGACCAUCAUUUCGACCCAUGAAAGUAUGCUUAAAGAAAUGCACGAAACUUGGGAAGUGAUGCAAAGGGAUUCUGAUUUAAUGCGUCAAAAGGCAAAAGAAGCAAGAGAGAUUCUGGUCCGUAGUUGGAAACAAGGUGCCAGUCGGAAGAAUAUGGAAGAGUUUGGGAGGAUGGACUAUGGAUUUUACUGCUACACAACUCCAUUACAUAUCAAUCUUACAUUACUCAUUUUCAUCCGAUUUCUUGAUACUUACAUGUGGACGUCUGUACUAGGACGUGUAUCACUGAAUCUUGAAGAUAAUCCAAAUAUAGGUUGGAGGGUACAUUUCUUGAUAAAGAACGUGAUGAUUGUAGGAGAAGCAAAAGGUGAAGUUGUCUUCUGUCCUUCCUUCCCCCUUUUGUCUAUCAACAUUACGUUUGGUAGACCUGACGGUGGAACGAUGAGAGGGGUGGUGGAUGUACUGGCUGAUGAAGAAGCACUUGCUGAUGAGUUGUCGGCGGAGGAGGGUGCACUAGCCGAAGAGAUGGCAGAGGAGGAUGCACUAGCUGAUGAGUUGGCGGCGGAGGAUGCACUAGCUGAUGAGUUGGCGGCGGAGGAUGCACUAGCUGAUGAGUUGGCGGCGGAGGAGGGUGCACCAGCGGAAGAAAUGGUCGAGGAGGAAGCACUAGCUGAAGAGUUUGCAGAUGAAGCACUAGCCGAAGGUAGACUGGAAGAAGCCGAAUUAUUAGCAGAAGCUGAAGAUGCUGAAGAAUCUGCAGACAAAGCAGAGGAAGCAGAAGCAGAGUUAUUAGCUGACGCAGAGGUCGAAGCUGAACUAUUCGCCCCACUGGACGCAGAUACAGAGAUUGAAAUUGAAGAAUUGGCAGGGAUAGAAGUCGAAAUUGAAGAACUCGCACUUUGUCCAGGUACUGGUGGAGGUGUAGAACUUGGUCCUGAACUUGAAUUAGAGUUGAAACUUGAAGAGAAAGAAGUGCUGUGA